GCCAUUUCCAAUUUUUGAGGCUAGGGAGGCGGGAGAGAGGUGGCAGAUGAUCCAAAAGACUCCGGCCCAGACCCAGAAGAAGAGCUACUGCGUGAUGGAAGAUGUUUAUGGAGUGGUGAUGACACCCAAGGUGGACCUUCAACAACUCCAGCUCCAACUUCAUAGCAAGCCCGCUCCUCCACACCUCAUGCUUCCUAAUAUUGGACGAGCACUUGAGGAUUUAUUAAAGACUAGAGAAGUGGGCGAGUUCCUUAGUGGGGCUUUUGCGGGGGCCAUGACCAAAGCUAUUCUUGCCCCUCUCGAGACCAUCCGGACAAGGAUGGUUGUUGGUGUUGGGUCCAAAAACAUAUAUGGCAGUUUUGUUCAAAUUAUUGAAAAACAGGGCUGGCAAGGGCUCUGGGCUGGGAAUGCAAUAAAUAUGCUUCGCAUAGUUCCCACGCAAGCAAUUGAGCUUGGUACAUUUGAAUAUGUGAAACGAGCAAUGACUACAGCACAAGAGAAAUGGAAGCUGAAUGAUAGCCCAAGUUUGCAAUUAGGCCAUCUGAAUUUCAAUUUUUCUCUGGCCUGGUUGUCUCCUGUUGCUGUUGCUGGUGCUGCUGCAGGAAUUGUUAGUACCCUUGCCUGUCAUCCCCUUGAAGUCUUAAAGGACAGGUUGACAGUGAGUCCUGAUAUAUAUCCCAACCUAAGUAUUGCAGUUACCAAGAUAUACAAGGAAGGUGGAAUCGGUGGUCUAUACUCUGGGUUGUCGCCCACAUUGAUCGGCAUGCUCCCAUACAGCACGUGUUACUAUUUCAUGUAUGAGACGAUGAAGAAAUCAUAUUGCUUAACAAAGAAAAAGGAUUCUUUGUCUCGUGCUGAGAUGCUCCUAAUUGGGGCGCUCUCUGGCUUGACGGCUAGCACCAUCAGCUAUCCUUUGGAGGUGGCGAGGAAGCGGCUAAUGGUGGGAGCUCUGCAAGGGAAAUGUCCACCAAACAUGGCGGCUGCACUCUCUGAAGUUUUCAGAGACGAGGGUGUUAAAGGACUCUAUCGAGGCUGGGGGGCUAGCUGCUUGAAGGUGAUGCCUUCCUCUGGUAUCACAUGGAUGUUCUACGAAGCUUGGAAAGACAUAUUGCUCACUGAAAAGCGUCCCUCUUGAAAAACAAUGGUCUAACUCCCCUGAUGCAGAAGUCAAUUUAGCCCAAAGGCUUGUUUUUGCAGGUGGGCAGAUGAGGCCUGCAAGUUGAAGGUGAAGAAGAUGGAAGUUUUGGGUUGAUCUUCCUUGGAAAUUUACUCUUGAAGAAGUUUCAUGAUAGAGAAAGCUAACUAGCACAAAUGAUAUUUGGAUUAUUGGGCACAAUUUUGUUUCUGGAUUUAUGUAGGCAGGUAAAACGCACAUGUUGCUCAAUUGAAUUGAAGCUCAUUUCUUGGUUCAA